UUUCUCUCUCUCUCGCUCAGUACAAACCUCCUAAAAUAGCCAGGGCAACUCAAGAACCCAUCUUGCCUCCGGUGGAAAAAUACAUCAUGGUCUCUCUCUGCGGUCUGGGAUUGCGACAGCACUUAUCCUGUUGACCCUGAUAGUCUAGUUUUCUUCAUUCUGACCAGGAUCACCACCACUCUGGAAACUUGCAUAACUCAUCUGUACGCUCUUCCUCUUCACAAUCCAAUUGUAUGAUUGGAUGGUUGUUUUCCCCCACAGCAUUCCUUCUAACAUGAUUAAAGUGAUUACGGCUGUGAUGCCUGUUGACCUUUGUUUCCUCCAGCAUGAAGAAACUGAUGGAACUGUGUCCGGGGUCUCGGGGAGACCUGGACCAGAAAAAACCUGCUGGAGCCAGCAAUGGUCCAGACCUACAGGAGGACAAGAUGAUCAUGAGGAGAGAGAUCUCUCUCACCAAUGGCAUCUGCUUAAUUGUGGGCAACAUGAUAGGCUCUGGCAUUUUCGUGUCGCCCAAGGGUGUGUUGAUGUAUAGCGCUUCCUAUGGCCUUUCGCUGGUCAUCUGGACUCUCGGUGGCGUAUUUUCCGUGUUUGGCGCGCUGUGUUACGCAGAACUUGGAACCACUAUUACGAAGUCUGGCGCUAGUUACGCGUACAUCCUGGAGGCCUUUGGGGGUUUCCUUGCUUUCAUCCGCCUGUGGACGUCAAUCCUGCUGGUGGAGCCAGCCAGUCAGGCUAUCAUCUCGCUGACGUUUGCCAAUUACCUGGUGGAAGCGUUCUACCCCACCUGUCAGCCUCCAUACGACGCUGUGAGACUCAUAGCAGCGGCUUGUCUCUGUAUUUUGAUCUUCAUAAACUGUGCUUAUGUAAAGUGGGGAACUUUGGUUCAAGAUGUUUUCACCUACACCAAGAUCAUGUCUCUGCUCCUCGUCAUCACAAUGGGCAUCAUCAAGAUAAUUAACGGAGAGACAAGGAACUUUGAUAAUCCAUUUGAGGGUUCCUCCACGGAGGCGGGCAGCAUCGCCCUCGCUCUUUAUUCGGCUCUGUUCUCCUACUCUGGCUGGGACACGCUCAACUUUGUUACUGAGGAGAUCAAGAACCCUGAGAGGAACCUUCCCAUCGCUAUAGCCGUCUCCAUGCCAAUAGUGACCAUCAUCUACCUGCUGACCAACAUCGCCUACUACGUAGUUCUGGACAUGCCAUCUUUCAUGGGUAGUGAUGCAGUGGCUGUAACAUUUGGGAAUCAGGUGCUAGGUCCCGUUAGCUGGAUCGUUCCCAUUGCUGUGGCCAUGUCUUGCUAUGGAGGACUCAAUGCCUCCAUCAUUGCCGCCUCCAGAUUGUUUUUUGUGGGGGCGAGAGAAGGCCACCUUCCCAUCAGCUUGAGUCUGAUCCACGCUGAGCGCUACACUCCCGUACCUGCACUCCUCUUUAAUGGCGUGAUGGGUCUGAUCUUCCUGUGUGUGGAGGAUGUGUUUCAACUCAUCAACUACUUCAGCUUCAGUUACUGGCUGUAUGUGGGUCUGUCCGUGGCCGGACUCAUUUACCUGCGCUUCACUCAGCCUGACAGACACAGACCGGUCAAGCUCUCAUUGUUCUUUCCCUUCGUCUACUGCCUGUGCAGUGUGUUCCUCGUGAUUGUGCCUCUGUACAGCGACACCAUUAACUCCCUCAUAGGAGUUUCCAUCGCACUGUCUGGAGUGCCUGUUUAUUACCUGUGUAUCUACUUGCCCACAGAGAAAAGGCCAAAAUGGAUCAGUAAACUCAAUGAUUCGUUCACCAAGUAUGCUCAGAUCAUGUGCUACUGCUGCUUAACCGACUUGGAUAUGGAGCCAGAGAAGUUGGCAGAACCGAAGACUCAAUAACUGUAUCUCAAGAGGAUGUGCCUGGAGCAUGGAUUCAUUCUCUGCAUCACAGGGAGAAAAAAACGAUUUGUCAAAAGCAAAUACUUCAUGGAUUUAUAAAACUUCUAGUACUCAUAGAGAUCAAAUUCCAUCGAUAUCUCAGAGAUAUCUCUUUUGCUCGGUGUAACUGAAAAGCACAAUACUGUGUGAUUUAUUCUAUUUCAGUGUUUCUUCAAGGAUCACUAAUAACUGCGAAUCAAAAUGAAUUAUGUCUGCCAUUCUGUCAAGGUCUGAGUGAAGCUCCUCGCUGACUGAAGAGGAUUGUGCCUGAUACUGGGAGACAUUGGAACUGCUUUUGAUUUGAGUCUUGAACAGAAAAAUAGGAGAAAGAGCUUGAAUAUGCAGACAAACUGGACAAAUGGAUAGUUAACUUACCUAAACUUUUGAGACGACAGACUGGUGGGACUUUCUUUAAAUAAAAACGCACAUUACUUUGCGUACAAAACGGAAGAAUUUUCAAAUGAUUUUCUCCAUUUGAUUUCAGUGCGCUUUUGAUAACUACACUGUCUGUAUUUGAUGUCCCUUGGAAGUAUCACUUAGACAAGACUGAACAUGUCCUGAGGUUGAGGUUUCGCGUAAUUUAUGAGCUCACGAUCAGCUUUCAUCUGCUUUUCUGCAUUACAGGUUUCAUUUGAAACCUGAAAUGUUGUAAUGUCAGGAUGAUUUUGAAAACGUUGUGCUCGACACACCAUGACUUUGUGAAUUUUCCAGAUGGCUAAAGCUAAAAAUAGAGAAAACCAUGGCAGCACGGGAGCUCCAGUGUCAGAUGUCAGGGUGGUGAUUGUGAGAGAUGAGUUUAGCCUCUGACGCACACAAUACAGAAUAUGAGACAAUCCAAACCUUUUAAUAAAUUGUCUCACUUCCAUCUGUCUCACACUUCUGUCAGUGCAAGUUCGACUUUCAUCCAUUUAGAUUAUCCACGCUUUUCAAUGCCUUUAGAAUUUCACCUCAAGAUAAUUUCAAACAGUUUUGUCAUUUUAAUCACAGAUGUGAUAAUGUGGAAAAAUCCCCCUCACAGUGACUGUUUUAUACUGCUGAAUUCAGAAUUUGCACUGAUUAGCCAACACAACACAUUUUGUCGUUGACUUGUCUUAUGCCUAGGCUUUGCCAAUCCCAUAAAAUCAUUACAAAUCUAAUAAACUUGGGUACGGUAUUUAUGAAGGC